AUGUGCCUGGCUGGGUGCACACCCCGCACGGCGGCGGCGCCAGGACGCGGAGCGCUCCCCAGAGCCCGGGUGCCUCGCUCGGCUCUGGCGGCCGCGACCAUGUUCCAGCCCACAGCCAAGCGCGGCUUUACCAUCGAGUCUUUGGUGGCCAAGGACGGCGGCACUGGAGGGGGCACUGGCGGCGGGGGCGCAGGCUCCCAUCCCCUGGCGGCGGCCGCCUCGGAGGAGCCGCUCCGGCCCACGGCGCUCAAUUAUCCUCACCCCAGCACAGCCGAAGCGGCCUUCGUGAGCGGCUUCCCCGCCGCCGCGGGCGCCGGCCGCUCGCUCUACGGCGGUCCCGAGCUCGUAUUCCCCGAGGCCAUGAACCACCACGCGCUGACCGUGCACCCGGCGCACCAGCUGGGCGCCUCCCCGCUGCAGCCCCCGCACUCCUUCUUCGGCGCCCAGCACCGGGACCCUCUGCACUUCUAUCCCUGGGUGCUGCGGAACCGCUUCUUCGGCCACCGUUUUCAGGCGAGCGACGUGCCCCAGGACGGGCUGCUUCUGCACGGCCCCUUCGCGCGCAAGCCCAAGCGGAUCCGCACGGCCUUCUCGCCCUCGCAGCUGCUGCGACUGGAGCGUGCCUUCGAGAAGAACCACUACGUGGUGGGCGCCGAGCGGAAGCAGCUGGCCGGCAGCCUCAGCCUCUCCGAGACGCAGGUGAAGGUGUGGUUCCAGAACCGGAGGACAAAGUACAAGCGGCAGAAGCUGGAGGAGGAAGGGCCCGAGUCGGAGCAGAAGAAGAAGGGCUCCCAUCACAUCAACCGGUGGCGCAUUGCCACGAAGCAGGCCAACGGGGAGGACAUCGACGUCACCUCCAAUGACUAG